UCUCCACGGCUCUUCCCUUCCCCCCCUCCUCUCCCGGACGGCUUACUUUGCGGCAGCGCCGAGAGCCCCACCCCCUUUCUCUGCGGAAUCACCAUGGCGGCUGGGACCCUGUACACAUACCCUGAAAACUGGAGGGCCUUCAAGGCUCUCAUCGCUGCUCAGUACAGCGGGGCUCAGGUCCGCGUGCUCUCCGCACCACCCCACUUCCACUUUGGCCAAACCAACCGCACCCCUGAAUUUCUUCGUAAAUUUCCUGCCGGCAAGGUUCCAGCAUUUGAGGGGGACGAUGGAUUCUGUGUGUUCGAGAGCAAUGCCAUUGCCUACUAUGUCAGCAAUGAGGAGCUGCGGGGAAGUACUCCUGAGGCUGCAGCCCAGGUGGUGCAGUGGGUGAGCUUUGCCGAUAGCGACAUAGUGCCCCCAGCCAGUACCUGGGUGUUCCCCACCUUGGGCAUCAUGCACCACAACAAGCAGGCCACAGAGAAUGCAAAGGAGGAGGUGAGGCGAAUUCUGGGGCUACUCGAUGCUCACCUGAAGACCAGGACUUUCCUGGUGGGCGAACGCGUGACACUGGCCGACAUCACAGUUGUCUGCACCCUGUUGUGGCUGUAUAAACAGGUCCUGGAGCCUUCUUUCCGCCAGGCCUUCCCCAACACCAACCGCUGGUUCCUCACCUGCAUUAACCAGCCGCAGUUCCGAGCCGUCUUGGGGGAGGUGAAACUCUGUGAGAAGAUGGCCCAGUUUGAUGCUAAAAAGUUUGCAGAGAGCCAGCCUAAAAAGGACACCCCCAGGAAGGAGAAGGGUUCUCGGGAAGAAAAGCAGAAGCCCCAGGCUGAGCGGAAAGAGGAGAAAAAGGCUGCCGCCCCUGCUCCUGAGGAGGAGAUGGAUGAGUGUGAGCAGGCGCUUGCUGCAGAGCCGAAGGCCAAGGACCCCUUUGCUCACUUGCCCAAGAGUACCUUUGUGUUGGAUGAGUUUAAGCGCAAAUACUCCAAUGAGGACACCCUGUCCGUGGCGCUACCGUAUUUCUGGGAGCACUUCGAUAAGGAUGGCUGGUCCCUGUGGUACGCGGAGUACCGCUUCCCCGAAGAGCUCACCCAGACCUUCAUGAGCUGCAACCUCAUUACCGGAAUGUUCCAGCGGUUGGACAAGCUGAGGAAGAACGCCUUUGCCAGUGUCAUUCUCUUCGGAACCAACAAUAGCAGCUCCAUUUCUGGAGUCUGGGUCUUCCGAGGCCAGGAGCUUGCCUUCCCGCUGAGCCCAGACUGGCAGGUGGACUACGAGUCCUAUACAUGGCGGAAACUGGACCCUGACAGCGAGGAGGCCCAGACGCUGGUUCGAGAGUACUUUUCCUGGGAGGGGGCCUUCCAGCAUGUGGGCAAAGCCUUCAAUCAGGGCAAGAUCUUCAAGUGAACAUCUCUUGCUGUCACCUAGCUGCCUGCACCUGCCCUUCAGGGAGAUGGGGGUCAUUAAAGGAAACUGAACAUUGAACCCUUA